GCCCAACUUCGAUAGAGAGGGUCGUGAGAUCAAGGGCGUUGGUUACUGGCUGGGACUUGUGUUCUCCCUUGGAGGUGAGAGUCUAAAGGGUGCUAUUUUUCGAUGGGCUUUUGUUGCUUUGAUUGCGGUAGGUGCUAAGCGAUGGCAGGGAAAUAAUGGUUUGCCUUCUUGGUUGCGAUGAUUGCUGCAUAGUGCGGCCUUGUUGGAUUAUAUGUUGUCAGGGAAGGGAAGUUUGCAAAAAGAGACUAUGUAUUCUAAACACAAUGGCCACUGCCUGUUCGACUCAAAUGGCAAUCAAAGGUAUCAGAAACGAGUUGUCAUCUUGUGCUUAUCUUCUAAUCAGGCCUGUUUGUGUUUGUUGCACAUCGCAUUUCUUAUCGAUAUCCUCGGAGUUGUCAUCUUGAUAACAGCACCACAUUUCUUCUUCACCAAUUUGGCUUUCGUGCGCCUCGCUGCGUCUCAAUAUAGGCUCGCUUUCCGCUCCUCGGAGAAAGUUCUUGAAGUCGUCGGCAAAUAUGGUAAGAGAUUAAACAGCACGAGUAUGAAGUCAGCACUCAAGAAUGUAGCGCUGCAUUAGCUCAGAGAGAUUCGUGUCAUCUGGCGAAUAUCUGAACAUCCACUUCUCUUCAUAGAAUCACAACGGGAAGAAGGUCAUGUCAUGCACCAUACACUAGA